AUGGCUCCACCGCGGAUGUUUCGCACUUUCAAGAAAUGGUUUGAUGACAGUGACGCUCAGUACCCACUCGAGUUCAACUACGUCCGUCAGCUCAUCCGGUUGCUCAGCUCCGUUGGCUCCUGGCCUCACAACCAAUUCGGCCGUCACCGAUUGCACCUCAUCCUGUCCAUAUACAAUUUGUUUCUUAUCGCGGUGGCCAUAACCAUUUCCAGUGCGGCUGCGGCUUAUAUCUGGUUCUAUAGGGAGACUAUAUCUUUCUCUGCAAUGGGACACGUCAUCUUGUGCAUUUUGCUGGAGACUUUGUAUUUGCAAAGGAUGCUAACUGGUCGAACGAAGAAGUAUGGUGAGAUUGUAAGGGAUCUCCUAAAAGAAUUUCACCUGUUUUAUUUUCAGAAUCGUUCGCAAUACGCUUCAAAGAUGUUCAAGCAGGUCCAGCUCAUUUCAAAGAUAUUCACAAUGUACGUCACUUUCCACAUAAUUAGUGGAGUCUCACUCUUCACCUUCCAGCCCUGGUUCAACAACUAUAGAAACGGAAUGUUCGGUGACGACCGCCCGGCGAACAAGACCUUCGAACACUCUCUCUAUUUCUACUGCUUCACUGAUCAGUUCUAUACAACUGUAAACGGUUACUGGAUACUUUUCUUCUUUAACAUCCCCACUUCCUUUCAUACCAGCAGCGGUAUCCUCACCUACGAUCUGCUGCUCAGCCUUAUUGUGUUCCAAAUUUUGGGACACCUUAAGAUUAUGAAGAAUGAUCUGUUGAGAAUACCCUCUACUGAUGAUAUUUACUCCGUAGAGGAGAACAUGCGAGUAAGAGACACUUUGAAAGGCAUCAUCGAUCACCACAACAUAAUCAUAAAGUUCGUCGACAAGUGUUCUGAUGCAUUCAGCAACUAUCUCUUCAUGUUCUAUAUGCUGAUGCAACUCUUGACCAUCGUGGUGACUGUAGAGGUCACCUCUUUCACCGCUGACGCUUUGGCCAAAUAUGGACCUUUGACAUUGGCGAUAUACCAACCGCUGAUACAGAUAUCGAUUCUUUUUGAAAUGAUAAGCACACAGAGUGAAAAACUGGUCGACGCCAUAUACGAAGUUCCGUGGGAGUGCAUGGACACCAGUAACCGCAGGACAGUGAUGUUCUUUCUACUCCGUGCGCAGACGCCGGUGACGCUGAAAGCAGCCAAGAUGGUGCCCGUUGGUGUGAUGACUAUGACUGCUGUACUGAAGACAACAUUCUCAUAUUACAUGCUAUUGAACGCCAUAGCUGAAUCAGCUGAACAGUCGCAAGCAUAAGUCACUGGCCUACCUACUAGAAAAUUAAUAUAUAAGUCGUUCCGACAAAAAAAUUAUAGUACAAAUAGGAAUGCAUCAAUGACAAAUUACUCGAACUUAGUUAGUUGUAAUAAGUAUUAAUUUUAUAUUAAUGCACCAAAAUUCGACAAUGUUGUAUUAAGUAAUAUUUAUAUAUAUUCAAACGUAUAUUUUUUCCUAUAUUUACAUAUAAUUCUGCGACAUUCUUUCAAUAUUUUUCUGUGUAGCAAAUACAAACAUAUCAU